CUUAUUAGAGAAAAAUAUGAACUUAAACUCAAAAUAUAGAUAUUGAGGAGUUUUAUGGAUGAUCCUGAUAAUGGCAGCGGCUAGUGAUAGCUGUCCUUCUUUUACUGGAACCCAAACCACACAGUCUACUUCUGACCAAACCUUGGGAUAUUAUAAAGGAGUCCCUCUUUCAAGCUUAAGCCAAGUGAUUCAGGGUUCAUCAGGGACCUACCUCUUUGGAAAUCUAGCUAACAAUACACAGAUAAUGAUCAAGGACUCUGGAACAACAUCUCUGGGUGAAAUAAGUUAUGUUUCAGGAACUUCUCCUUACCAAGGAACUUCCUGGAUCCUCGAUAAUGCAGAGAAUUAUAUCUAUUUUGUUGACGAAUACCUAGGGAGUACUCAAAUCCAGAUAGUUCGCGUUACAACAAAUGGAGCUCCAGAAACAAGUUUUCGAACAACUGCUGUGAACCUGGAUGGUAUGAGUGUGAAUCUUCAGAUAUCAGAUGAUGAUUCUACACUGUAUAUCCCUGCAAAAAGCGGAAGUAAUUAUUAUAUUUGAUAUUACGUCAUGCCUCCAUCAAACCCAACAACUCCUUCAAUUAGAUGUCUAAAAACAGGGACAACCGCAAUUUACUACCAGCUAGAAAUAGGGAAUAAUAAAGUGUUGCUUUUUGAUUCGAACUCUUUCAAAGCUCAAGUCCGAAAAGUUGACAUUAUUGCUGAAACUCAAGAUUGGGCAAUAGAAAUUAGCUGACCAACAUUCCCAAGCUGCUCAAUAUCUUUAAUAGGUAGAAUUAAGGCAGUUACAAAUAUUGAUAAGAGUAUUGCAUAUAUCUCUAUUCUUGUCGGAUCUGGCAGUAAAACGCUUCAAAUGACUGCUAUAAAUACUUCAGACGGGCAGAGACAGUUCACUGUAGCCACAUCAACUACUUGAACUAGUCUCAAGGAGAUGACUUUUAACAACAAUAAGGUGUAUAUGAUGGCAACCUGAACAGGAACGACACUUCUUAUUUAUGAUACAUCCACAAAUAAUCUGACUGGAGCUUAUACUCUCAAUGAUUCAGUGAUGGCAAUAUCAACAAUAAGCAAGGGCACUCUCUUCGGAGGGGUCUUUGACAGUUCUUUUCCUUCAAUAGUCCAGGUUUCUGAUAAUGGAUUAUCAGAUUCUAAAAUAUUCCAGGUUUCUGACAUAAAAAUUACGAAUGCUGAUACAGAUUAUGUAAUUUCUACUGUCUCGCCUACUUUUGCAGAUUCAAAAGCCAAUUUCUCAUUCACCAAUUCAACAAGCCUUACCCAGCACACCUUCUCAGCUACAAAAGGAACAAUCACCCUAAUCGGCAGUACAAACUCAACAAUCAUCCUCUCCCAAAGCCCCAAAACCCCUCUGAACGAGUCAUGGCCUCUCUCCUGCACCAUAAACUCCCAAUCCUACCCCCUCUCCUUCUCCCACUCCUCCUCCCUCCCAUCCUGGGUCCACCUCAACCCCCAAACAGGAACUCUCACUGGCACUGCUCCAUUACUUCGAGACAUGAGCGACGAGCAACGCACAUUUAUGUUUUAUGAAUUAGCAAAUAUGACUGAAGCUCCCUACGCUUCAUAUGCAAAGUUAGUUACAAUAAAAGUGGAGGAUGAAGAAGUAUCCAACACUGGAAAAGGAGCAACUGUUGGCAGCCAAGUUGCAUCAACAAUAGCUGCAGCCAUAACUGCAGUUACUUCAGUAUCUUCUGGGUCAUCUCCUUCUGCUCUUUGGAUGCUUCUUAACCAACUACAGUUGAUCAUUACUAUUCUGUUAAUAGAUUCAUUCACUCCAAAAGAUGUGGAUUACUAUCUUGAGGGAACUGAUUUUUCACUAAUGAAUUUUGAUUUCUUGUCUACAGAGAAGAUUCCUGGUAUCAAAUCGGUAGCAGAUUGGAUGGAUGCUGCGCAACCAUUCAGGAAGUUAGAACUGAUAGGAUAUGAAACAAGAAGUGCUCUUAUUAAUAAUUUAUCAUUCUGAGCAAUUAUGCUAUUCAUUCUCACAGGUCAUUACUUCAUGAAAUAUGUGUUGAGAGUUCCGAAAUGGUGCAAAUCAAAGAGGUGAAUGCUGACCAAUACUUGACUAAUAAGUUUCCUCAUCAGAUUGGUCUUAGAAGCUCAUGAGAGCUUCUUACUCACAAGUGUUUCAGAGAUAUACAAGCUUGAUUUCUCCAAAGGAGCCUAUGUUCUUUCCAUUCUAAUCGCAUUCCUGUUAUUCUUAUUCUGCCUUCUGAUCAUCCUUGCUGCUAUCUUGUUCUUCCAGAAGCUCAGGCACAACCAGGAUCCUGAGCGAAAAUUCUGGUUUGCAGAAGCAUUCAAUGAAGUUAAGGAGACUAACCUGUGUAGACUCUACCCAAUAUUGUUGUUAUCCAGAAGAACUAUCUUCACCCUCGUGGCUAUUUUCUUGACCCAUACCGCUCGUGAAGCUCAAUACACGUUGUUAUAAUCCUGUUUCAAUUACUCUACCUCAGCUAUAUUGCCUGAGUCAGACCGUAUGACAAAGUUCAUUUGAACCUGAUAGAAUUCGUUAAUGAGCUCUUCAUAGUUGCAAUCAUUUUGAUGCUUCUAGCGCUUAAUAAUUCGAGCAAGUGGGAUAGCACCAGCACUGGAAUUUUUGUGAAUAUUUUAUUCUCAAACACAAUAAUAAUUCUCUUGAUAAAAAUUAUCUUUGAUUUUUCAAAAUUCCUCAUAUCUCGCUUAAAGAAGAAAAAACAAAAGGAGACCAGAUCUGAUAGAUAUCUGGACAACCAAAACAACAUCACCAGACCUACAUGAAACCCUUACCUCGAAUCAUACACUCCAAGAAAUCUCAGAAAAUCCCAGUAGCUAAUCCUAAAUUUG